AUGUUUCAUCUAUGGUUAUUUACCAUCAAAUUCAUAUACCUUUUCUAUUUUGCUGUAGGCCAAACCAACACCAAUUCACAAGAACUACUUGAUUAUAGAUAUGAUUGUUUGGACCAAUCUUCUACUCCUCCCUCUACAACAUAUCAAACCAACCUCAACAGUUUAAUCUCUUCAUUGUCAUCAGAUUCUGCAACAAGUAAUGGUUUUGGAAAUAAGACUUCAGGUAGUGAUCAAAACAAUAUAGUUUACGGGCAAUACCUGUGUCGCGGCGAUGUUAAUACAAGUCUUUGCCAUUCAUGUGUCCAAAACUCUAGCAGAUUGCUGAAACAACACUGUCCUAAUAAUGCUUCAGCAAUUUUGUGGUACCCUUUUUGUCUUUUAAGGUACUCAAAUCAGAAUUUCUUUAGUAACCUUACUAUAAGACCAAGGAUUCCUAUGUUUGAUGCAACACAAAAUUUAACUAGUGCCGGUGAAUUUGAUAGUGAUGCAAGGAUUUUGAUGAAUGGUUUGAUACAGAUGGGGUCACAGACACCUUUGAUGUUUGGUACACAUAUGUUUAACAUAAAUGGUACUCAAAGAAGGUAUGGUUGGGUACAGUGUAGUAGAGAUAUUACUAGUGAGGAAUGUGGAACUUGUUUGAGUAAUAUGCUCGAGGAUGUUGAGAAUUGUUGCGAGGAGAAGAAAGUGUGGAGAGUUUUUUCUCCAAGUUGUAUUAUGAUGUAUGAAACUCAGCCAUUCUUUCUAAAUGAUUCUAAUGCUCCUGCGCCUCAACAAGCCAAAGAAAAGGACGGAACGAAGUCAUGGAUCAUAAUAGUCAUUGUAGUAAUCGGAACAGUAGUAGCAGCUCUACUCGCUUUGAGCGCAUACUAUUUAUGCGGCUUAAAGCAUAGAAAAAAUAGAAGAAACUAUAUGCAAAACCUUAGUCCAAUCUUUUCUCAAGAUCAGUCUGACAUCGAGGAAACUGGAAAUAGUGACCUAUCUAUGAUGCCUUUGAGUACUAUUCUGAAAAGUACGAACAAUUUUAGUGAUGAAUAUAAAUUAGGGAAAUGUGGAUUUGGAACUGUUUACAAGGGUGUUUUAGCUGAUGGAAAGGAAAUUGCUGUUAAAAGGUUUUCAAAAACAUCAGUUCAAAGUGUGGAGGAAUUAAAAAAUGAAACAAUAUUGACUGCCAAACUGCAGCAUCGGAACCUUGUGAGACUAUUGGCUUGCUGCAUUGAGCAAAAUGAAAAGCUUCUUAUCUAUGAAUACUUGCCUAAUUCAAGCCUUGAUUUCCACCUAUUCGAUAUGGUGAAGGGUGCACAACUAGAUUGGAAACAACGAUUAAGUAUUAUUAAUGGGAUUGCAAAAGGGCUUCUAUAUCUUCAUAGAGACUCUAGGCUCAAAGUUAUUCAUAGAGACUUGAAGGCUAGCAAUAUACUGUUAGAUCAUGAAAUGAAUCCGAAAAUCUCAAACUUUGGACUAGCAAGAAUAUUUGGAGGAGACCAGGAUGAAGCAAGUACAAUUAGAAUCGUAGGAACUUAUGGAUACAUGGCUCCAGAAUAUGCUAUGGAAGGAUUAUUUUCGGUGAAGUCAGAUGUUUUCAGCUUUGGUGUUCUUUUGCUAGAGAUCAUCAGUGGAAGAAAAAGCAGCAAAUUCUAUCUUUCAGAGGAUGGACUGAGCCUUCUCGUAUAUGCAUGGAACCUUUGGCGUGAAAGAAAAGAAAUAGAGUUGAUGGAUCCAUUGAUAGAAAAGACAUGCGUACCUGGUGAAUAUCUGAAGUGUAUACAUAUUGCACUAUUGUGUGUACAAGAAGAUGCAGCAGAUAGACCUACAAUGUCAAGUGUUGUUCACAUGCUUGUAAGUGACACACUGACUCUCCCCGAUCCUACACGCCCUGCAUUUUCUGUUGGAAGAGCUGUCGUCGAACGGGCUGUUGUUGACCGAGAGUCUUCAUCAAAUACUUCUAUCUCUGCCAAUGAAGUAACCUUGUCUGAAUUGAGUCCUAGAUGA